AUGAAACAUCUUUUUAUUGGUCUCAUUAUACGCCUAGCUCUUAUAUUCUAUGGGGAGUUCCAUGAUCAGAAAUUUCAGGUACCAUUUACAGAUGUAGAUUACAAAGUUUUUACAGAUGCUGCAAGAAAUGUGUUGAUGGGUGCGUCACCAUAUAGUCGGCACACUUACCGGUACUCUCCUAUUGUUGCCUAUGUUUUAACCCCUAAUAUCAUUGUCCAUCAGACUUUUGGCAAAAUCCUGUUUUCCAUUUUAGAUCUUGUUAUGGCUUACCUUAUUUAUAGACUUAUGCUAAGGAGAAACGUUUCUCUGAGAAAAGCUCACUUGAGUUCGUUGUUUUGGCUGUACAACCCGCUAUCGGUUGUAAUAUCAACUAGGGGUAAUGCUGAUACUUUGUCAUCAUUGCUAGUGGCUGGUACAUUACUAUGUCUAUACGCUGGAAAACCCACAGUGGCAGGUAUUGUGCAUGGUUUGUGCAUUCACAUGCGUUUGUAUCCAAUAGUUUUCAGUCUGCCUUUCUACUUGUCCUUGUCAAGUUGGGACAGAUUUUCUCCUUCCAAAGAACCCAAGAAAAGCCAAGUUUCCAGUAAGAGUUUUUCAAACAGUGAUGAAGUUCCUAAGGCUGAUGGCUCGAGCUGGUACACUGGAAGGAGUUUGUUCAAUUUAUGGUCAGACUGCAAGGCACUGUUUAUUCCAAACAAGUCUCAAUUGAAAUUAGUGCUCGGAUGUGUAUCAGCUUUAUUGACUGUUACAGUAGUUUUCUAUUGGUUGUAUGGGUAUCACUUUUUGUAUGAAAGUAUGCUUUUUCAUCUCUCUAGAAAAGAUAUAAGGCACAAUUUUUCAGUGUAUUUCUACCUGCAAUAUUUGAGUGCUGGAGCAGUUGUGAGUAUAUGGCAGAGGGUUCUGAUGUUCAUCCCACAACUUUUUCUUCUUGUUGCUUUAAGUUUCCGUUAUGGACGCAUGUUUGAUUUGCCGUUUUGCCUUUUGGCUCAAACUAUUGUGAUAGUCAUGUACAACCCUGUUAUUACUAGUCAGUAUUUUGUUUGGUUUUUGUCACUAUUGCCGGCUUGUAUUCCAAUGUUGGACUUGACCUUAAAACAAGCAGUUUUCCAUUCAGUUGUGUGGGUAGUGGCACAACUUGCUUGGUUGUUGCCAGCGUAUUGGCUAGAGUUCAGAGGAGAAGAUACUUUUGUCUACAUUUGGCUUCAGGGCAUAGCUUUUUUUUGUGCCAACAUUACUUUGCUGGCUCGUUUAAUUCAAUCUUAUAACCCCAAAUUGGUUUUGAAAGAUGAAUGAAUGUAUUGUUAGUCUCUUUGAAGUUUGCUGUGAAUGUCAAAUACAUGUCAUCAUGAUGUUGUUUCUGAUAAUCAAUUAGUGCUGCAUAUUAUAAUGUACCAAUACCAAUUUAGUUUCAGAGUAAACUUUGCGACACUUGGCUGAAUGUAAAGUAGCUCCUAUGAGACUGCUGGUAGUCAGCUCAGCCCUCUAAACACAAUUAAGUAUCUAUGAUUAGAGUUCUAGAACAUAUUUGUAACCGUGUAAUGCAGGCUGGUUUAAAAAAAAUUGUAAUUAUUCAGCAAAGUGUAAUUGAGUAUUUAUGAUCAAGCAGCAUUGUGUGGUUAAAACACUGUUGUUUUUGUUUGUGUUUUUAAUUUCCAUUCUGAGGAUACUGAAAAGGAUAUCUUACCUCACACAAUGGUUGUGCCAUAAGUUUAGAAUUGAGUUGGUUUCAAACAUGUAAUGUAGAACAGGAGACAUAAAAAGCAAUAAAUUUUCAUUACCAAAUAUUUAAA